AUACCAUCCUCUGAAACAUAAGACAACUGAAGCCUUAAGAGACCAUGCCGUGCGUCCAGAGCCAGUGCGGGUCCUCGCCGCAAGGAGCCAGCCCGGCUUCCCAGAGCGCCGGCGGGGAGCGCAGCUGCGACUUUCUCACCCCGGAGUUUGUCAAGUUCAGCAUGGACCUUGCUAACAGUGAAAUCUCAGCUGCAACGUCGGGCCCCAGUUUUGGCCCUUUGGCGGACACUUACAGCCCCGGGUACGACGUGAAGCCCCCGUGCCUCUUCCAAAUGCCAGUUCAGGGGGAGCUUCCUUGCGUCAAGGUGGAGGAUGCGCACGGGUGUCCGCGGUAUCAGCCGAAUCAGCAUCCCUCGCACCAGUCCGACGAGCUACUCUCCUCCACGGGCUCCGUUUACUAUUACCGGUCGCCCUCACCGCACGCCCCCAUCUCGUCCAGCUUCCAAACGCCACCGGGACACAUCUGGGAUGACUCCGGCUCUCUGUACAGUUUUCGACAGGACUAUUUGGCGGCGGCGCAUAGGAAAAACACACUAUCCAGAUUUUCGCUGUUUUCCUUCAAACACGCGCAACACAGCGGUCAGAGCUUGUCCACCUGUCAGAUGAAAUUUGACGGAUCUCUACACGUGUCCAUGAACCUGGACACAGCCGGAGCGCACCAGCCGCUGGACAGUCCCGGGGUUUUGGGUUCCGCCGGCCUGGGAAAGCAACCCGGUUUGGGAUUUCCUCACCCGCUCCAGCUCGCCCACAGUCACCACUUUAUGGACUACCAGGCUCCCUCUGCGCCCAGCCGAGGCCCGCUCAGCACGGAGGGGCUGUGCGCGGUGUGCGGGGAUAACGCAGCCUGCCAGCACUACGGAGUGCGCACCUGCGAGGGCUGCAAGGGUUUCUUCAAGCGCACAGUGCAAAAAAAUGCUAAGUACGUGUGUUUGGCUGCCAAAAGCUGCCCCGUGGACAAACGCAGGAGGAACCGAUGCCAAUAUUGUCGCUUUCAGAAGUGCCUUGCAGUGGGAAUGGUCAAAGAAGUAGUGAGGACAGACAGUCUGAAAGGUCGAAGAGGUCGCCUGCCAUCCAAACCUAAAGCUCUUUCAGACUCGUCUUCACCUGUCAGCACCCUCCUGAGUGCCCUCAUCAGGGCACAUGUGGAGUCAAACCCUCCACCCUCUCGCCUUGACUUCUCCAAAUUCAAGGAGAGUCCUGGAAGUCCACUGGGAGAUGAUGCACAGCAUGUCCGUCAGUUUUACGACCUCCUGACCAGAUCAAUGGAGGUGAUUCGAGGGUGGGCGCAGAAGAUCCCGGGCUUUACCUCCCUACCCAAGCACGACCAAGACCUGCUCUUCUAUUCAGCUUUCCUGGAACUCUUUGUUUUACGACUCUCGUUCAGAUCCAACCCAGAGGAAGGGAAGCUGAUCUUCUGCGAUGGGUCAGUGUGGCACCGGCUCCAGUGCCUGAGGGGCUUUGGGGAGUGGAUCGACAGCAUCGUUGAAUUCUCUGCCAACCUGCAGAGGAUGAACCUGGACGUCUCCACCUUUUCCUGCAUAUGCACCCUCGCCCUGGUCACUGAGAGGCACGGACUGAAGGAGCCCAAGAAAGUGGAGGAGCUGCAGAACAACAUCGUCAAGUGCUUGAAGGACGGCGGGAUGUGCGGCGACGGAGGCUCCAGCUGCUGGUCCAACCAUUUGUCCAGACUUUUAGAAAAGCUGCCUGAACUCCGCACUCUGUGCAUCCAGGGCCUGCAGAGGAUUUUCUAUUUGAAGCUGGAGGAUCUGGUGCCGCCGCCUGCAAUAAUAGAUAAGUUGUUCCUCGACACAUUGCCAUUUUAGAGACAUAAGAGAAU